AUGCUGGGAUUGGUCUUUCGUGGCGUCUUUCUCAUCGGUAUACUCACCUGGUACAGCACCAGCGUGUGGAAAAUGAUCGACGGCUACUUCAAGGAUCAGUUUCGAAGCUACUUGGAGGAAGAGUAUCGAAAGAAUCCGCAAAUGAAAUCCGAUGUGCAAAGUGACUCGGCCGAUAAGAUCGAUCCCGCUUCGACCACGCCACGCCCCGAAGCAUCAGUGGCGCCGCUACGAGAGAUUCUCGAACUUAACGAAACGUUGACGGUCGAAGUUGCAGGAAAUGACACAAUUCGAUCGGACGAGGGGCAACGAGUGACAGGUGGCACCAGUGAAAACGGGGCCGACACAGGGGGAUCUAUCGAUAAAAAUACAUUCCUAGAAACGAUCGUGGAAUCGGGGCUGGAAAGUAGUAGUAAGUCGUCCGAGAACGAACAGGAUUCUCGACAGCCUAUUAAUCACAAUGACCGUGACCUCGAAUGUCACGAGAACGACGAUCGUCAUCGAUCAGUCUCCCAGGUGUCUAAGAACUCGAUGAAAGGAGUUCAAUGCAACAAAAGAGCAACCGUUUCUAGGGACAUUUCACGCGAGAAAAAGUCGUCCAAGAAGCGAAACGUGAAGACGAUCACGUUGACGGAGAAGGAUUUUAAAUCGGUUAUCAGAAAUCAUGUAUCUAACGACGAUUUCUGGGAAUUCGAGGAGGAUGCGGAUAAAAAGAAGCCGUUGGAGGGCAUUUUGGUCUCUCAGUUGCCGUAUAAACCGAGAGCCGAUAUAGGGAAUUUGGAAAGGGUCAGCGCGGAUGAGUAUUGUCCCCUGAGCUUGGAGGACGAGGCUUCUUGCGAUGAAACGUUUAAGUGGCCUUGAAAAUUUAACGAUAAUUUAAAUUUAGGAAGUUUAGUAAAUUUAGUGUAAAUUUAAUAGAAUAUAUUUCGAAUAUAUUUGUGAAACAAAUAAGUAGAGGAAAAUUAGUUAAUAUUAGAUAUUUUGAGUGUAGGCGUAUUAGACUGUUGGAAGAAAUAUUGAAACAUUUCGCAAGUAUCGCAGCUAUAUUAAAAUGAUUUAUUGUUAAUAAAUGUAUUAUCGAUUUUCAUGCAAAAAGUCAUGAAUACAUUUUGAAUAUAUUAGUAUAAACUUUAAAUUGUUUAAUAUAUAUAUUAAUAUCUGGAUUCCUUAAGAUAUAGUUCCUUAAAAUGAAACUUAUAAUUGUUCAUAUCUUCCUGUUAAAAUAUUUUAAAAUCUAGCUGGAUUAUCAUUAUUUUAGCAUAUUUAUCAAAUUCAGAAUUCCACUACGAGAAAGUGAUUGAUAUCACAGAAGUUGAAUAAUGUUAAAUAUUUUAGAUAUUAAGUUAAAAAAAAGACAGCUUUGCAAGCAAAAGUAGAAUCAAUAGAAUUUUAAUAGUAUUAAUAUUUCCCACAAAAUUUCGAAUGAAUACUUCGAAAAUAUAUUCCUAUUUAAAAGUUGAGAAGUUUUAUUAAAAAAAUAAUUUUUUUUCCAAUAAAUAUCUAUACUCGAAACUCUUAUUUAUCUAUACUCGCAUUCCUAUUUAAAAGCUAAGAAAUUUUAUUAAAAAAUAUCUUUGAUUAAACUAUUAUAUGUCGUAUAUAAUUUCUCGAGUUAUGACUAUGCAUUAUUCGAGCAACAAAAGAAACUGUUGAAAAUAA